AUGGCUCUUUUAUUGAAUUUUUGUUUAAUGAGAGGUGGUAAUCAUCAGUUUGGUUUAUUAUCAGAAGAAAAUAUAGUUAGAUUAUCACUUGUUCAACUUGUAAAUAGAGAAUUAGUCGAUCUUUUAAGGAGAAAACCACAACAAUAUGGUGUUUUAAAUAAUAAAUUAGAUAAUAGCGAUAAACAACAAAACGGUACAACAUGUGGUCUAAGUAUUGUAGAUUAUGUAGGUAACUUUGGUUAUAUUGAAUUACAAUUACCAGUAUUUCACAUUGUCUAUCUCAAAAUUAUUAUCAAUAUUUUACAAAUGAUUUGCAAAUGUAUAAAUAAACCAAAUUAUGCAAAAAUAUGUAAUUUAUUAAAAUACAUUAUUUCACAUUUUUUUUGCAUGUAUUUCUAA